GUAUGUUGAACACCUACUAUUUAAGCUGGGUAUUGUAAGUCUAGUUUCAUCAGCACUUCAUCAAUAUAAAUUACUGGUAUUCUCUAUAUUUUGUAAGAAGAUAUAUAGUGAGCUAAUCAAGAGACGAUGGAAGGCAAAACUGUUAUUAUGCUUGCACUCUUCCUGAGCCUUGUUUUGGGACAAAUUCAAGUUGAGGCAAGAAAGAGCUGCUGCCCAAAUAACUCUGCCAGAACUACCUUUAAUGUUUGUCGUUUCGGGGGAGCCUCACAAUCAAUUUGUGCAUCACUUAGUGGAUGCCAACUCAUUUCUGGGUCUACAUGUCCUUCUGGUUUUACACACGACAUUCUUGAAAACACUGGUGAUGCUGCCAAUGAAUACUGCAAGUUGGGGUGUGCAUCCUCUGUGUGCGGUGCCAUAACCACUCUCCAAAACUUUGACGCAGGUGAAGUUGUGAAUGCAGCUGUUGAAAAAUGUACCAUGGCAUGUUCUGCUCUUUGCACCAAGUAUUCUAUUAGAACUGCCUAGACAAGCAUAUUCUGUAAAAGUGAAGGAGUAGUCAUUUAAGGCUUUCAAUAAUUGUCAUGUGUAUGUGACAACAAUAUGCUAGACUCUAGUGCAUAUUGUUUAAGGUGUUUUUUGUUUGUGUCUGUGUGUGUCGUAGAAGACUGUCGAUCUUAGAUUGUAUAUCCUUCUACUUGCUAGCUCUUAUCUAAUUAAAGAGUAAUGUGUCUUUUUAA